UUACGCGCCAGCUUUGGCCUCAGCCAGCGAGACGCGGAAACGCUGAGGAUGGACAGCAGCGACGAGAGGGCGGUAGAGAAGCAGCGUGUCCACUUACGCCCCGACACGCUGCGCGACGCCGCGCCCGGCACGUUGCACCUCCUGCCCUGCGAGAUCCCAGUUAGCCGGCCCGCCCCGGUGGGGUGCUACUUCACCCCGGCCAUCCGGCAGGGCGCUCACGGACUCGAAGCGUCGUUUCGCGGCCGCAGCCUCCGGGGCGAGGAAGUGAGGGUGCCGCCUGGCCUCGUCGGCUACGUGGUGAUGGAGGAGGAGGGGGCGGUGGCGCCGGGGGAGCCUUACUUGUCGGGGAGUGCCGAGCAGGAGCCGGCGGAGCCCCCGGAGGCGCUGGAGCGGGACUUCGACCGCUUUAUGGGAGCCACGGCCAGUUUCAGCGGCUUCACCCUGUGGGGCCUGGAGACCGUCCCCGGCCCGGACGCCAAAAUGCGCGGGGCCCUGACCUGGCCCAGCCUCGCUGCCGCGAUUCACGCACAGGUGCCUGAAGACUGACCCAGGGCCUGAAAUUGAGAGCGCCGACCCCUUCACCCCAAUAAACCAACUGUUCAUUUUGGAGCCCUGAUUCACUCCAAUAAACAAGCUCUUCG